CCUUCCAGCCAAUAACUAUGAACGCAGUCAUCAACAACAAUUGCAAAAUGGCUGAACGGGAAAGGAAAGUCUCUGACAAUAAUUCGUCUUCUACUUGCACAAAUACAAGCGGGGAUACUGCCAGCAAAUUCGAUCGCGUGGUUCUUCUUCAUUUCUUCAUCGUGUUUGUAUCGAGCUUUGCACUGGGUUUAUUGUUUCUUCAUUCAUCACUAACAUUCUGGAGAUUACAGAUUUACGAAGAGAGUGGAUUCUUUGAUAACACUAAUUUAGAUGCCAGCAGUCGUUACAUUCCAAAAGAUGACAUUGUCAAUGUUGUCACCUACAAUGCCAAUUCAAGCUUCUCAUUAGUGAGAUGACAUUCCCAAACAAAAUGGCUGAGACUGAAAAACUGACAUAUGUUCACAUGCAUUCCCAUUACUGUGAGUUCUCCAAGGUAGUGAUCAUCACCAAAUGUUGGAACGGUUACAAAUCCACCAGUGGAUCUGUGCAAAUAGACACAAACUGGGUACAAUUGUCUGAAUUUACGUAUGAAUUAACAGAGUAAGCAUGUGCAUUAAUCCACAUGCACAACUCUGUGAGGCUUACAUGGAUAAGCUCUAAUUUCAAACACUGCAACAGUUGUCAUUUCUCUAAAAUUAAAUGCAAAACUUGUGGAUUAAGAAUUUCUCAGCAUUAUGCUAGAAAUAUAAUCUCAAGGGUUAGGAAAAAACUUGAGAACUUUGAAGACAUGAAGUGCCGGCAAAUUUUAGUUUGUAUAUUAUGAUGGUUGUCAGAGCACUUGUCAGAGCCUAAGCAUCUUGAUGCCUAAGUUACAUUAAGAUGUAUUAAUUUAUUAUUUUGUGUAGGCUUAGUGAACCUCAUUAUGGUUGGUGUUUACUUGGGACAGUGUUGAAGUGGUACUCAAAUUUGUAAGAGCACCUCCCCUUGGGUGAAAAAAAUUGGAGUUGAGAGGAUAUUCAUGAGUGGAAAGAAUCAGAGCAGUUCCAUUUUGUUCUACCAUGAUAAUCAGUUGAGUGAGGUGCAGAAAUAUUUGGCAAUGGGAAUUUUGACUGUAGAGUAACAAUGUGGUCAUGAGCAACCUUCCUUGUUUCCGAAGGUAACUAAAUCUCAAUAGCUGUGGGUCAAAACUAUCCAGCAACAUGAGAGCCUGUCAUUAGAGGUCAAACAACAUGUUGGCACUGAAAACACUGGAAACAAAGCCAGUGGCCAGUGACAACACCACAAUUUAGACGUCCAUCAAGCCCCAACCAACUGAAAAUAGUUGUAUAUAAUUCUGCUUUUGAAUUUGAUGCUUAUGGUCUUGACAAAACUAUAUUGUGCAAGCAACAGCAUAUAUACUAUGGUAGUUUUUAUAGAUCAUAACCAACAGAGUCACAAGCAGUGUUGAUACUUUGCUUCUGAUUUGUUUGGUUGUUUUCCACAUUGUAUCAGUUUGACUCUGUCGCCAACUAAGACGCUAAUGAAAACCAACCUCAAUGCAAUGAGGCUAAAUAUUAUUUAGCAAGCUCAAGUUCCAGUGUAUAAUGUAAAGUGGCAGUAGAAUCAUGUUCAGUUUAUAAUAUACUACCACAUAAUAUGCACAAAUUUGAAACAGUAUCAUUGUAAUUACGAGAGCAAAAAAGUUUUUACCCCAAGACACAGGUCACACCAGUAUGAGGCCAAGCUUUUUUUUUUUGUACGUGGCCAAGUUUGCUGUGCAAAAAAUGUUGCAUUUGGUAUUUAUGUUACUUAUAAUCCAAAAAUGUUUUGUCUCAUUUGAACAAUACAAGUGUUACUGCUAUGCACUGAGUUGCUUAUCCUAAGAAUUCACUGGUUGACCAAACUUGACAAGGAUUUGAAAUAUGUAUUUGUGAAUAUUAUAAGUAGCUUGUGGUCAUGUACAUGACAGUUAAUUUUGAUAACUAAAAAGAACAGUUAUGAUAACAAGAUAAAUUUAAACGAAUCAGAUUUAUAAUAGACUGCUGCUAGCAGCCAUUGAGUGAUGUAUAGUAAAUUGAUACAACAGUUGUUUAUGUAUAUAAUUGUUUACGUAAGUAAAUUCAAGCAUUAAAAUUUUUGGGGUGAUUUAAUUAUAAUAAAAGCAACACAUUUUU